AUGGAUCCAAUAAAGUACAUUUUCGAAAAGCCUGCUCAGACAGGGAGACUUGCUCGUUGGCACAUGUUGUUAUCAGAAUAUGACAUCCAGUACGUACCUCAGAAAGCUAUCAAAGGAAGCAUCUUAUCAGAUUAUCUUGCGGACCAACCGGUCGAAGAUUACGAGCCUCUCAAGUUUGACUUCCCGGACGAAGACAUUAUGUGGGUAAAAGAUUUCGAGAAGCCAGAGCCCGAUGGGGGUCCCGAACCGGGUCUCUGGUGGAAGAUGAUGUUUGAUGGUUCCUCAAAUUACAGUGGGCACGACAUAGGCGCCGUUUUGAUGAAUCCAAAAGGUGGUUAUACCCCAUUUACAGCAAGGUUAGACUUUGAAUGCACGAACAAUAUCGCCGAAUAUGAAGCAUGCAUCCUUGGCCUUGAAGCAGCUAUUGACCUCCGAAUCAAACUUCUUGAAGUAAGCGGAGAUUCAGCUUUGGUUAUCUAUCAAGUGAAAGGUGAAUGGGAAACCAAGAAUGAGAAGCUAGUCCCUUACAAAGCCUAUAUUGUGGAGUUGAUUAAAUACUUCGAUGAGAUCAAGUUCGAGCAUGUUCCGAGGUCUGAGAAUCAUAUUGCUGACGCCUUAGCCAUGCUAGCAUCCAUGUGGAAGGUCAAAUUUGUCAAUGCAGCGCCACUCAUUCGAAUCGAACGUAGAAUUGAACCCGCCUACUGUCUGGUGAUUGAAGAAGAUGAAACUGAUGAAAAGCCUUGGUUUCAUGACAUCAAGAAUUAUUUGCUCACGCAAGAGUAUCCAUCGGAUGCUUCUCAUCUGGACAAAAGGACUUUGAGAAGAUUGGCAUCCAAGUUCUUCAUCAGCAAUGACGUGCUAUACAAAUGA